UACUGGUGAUGCUGCCCAAGUGGAUGGAGUGAAAACUGGAGAGCAGCGCGCGUCGUCCGAACGUGAAGAUGCCGUCAGCAUCUUCCAAACCCCAGGUCUCAGCUGUGAACUUAACAGCAAGAGCAGUCUGCAAAAUCGUGCCUAGCAGACCUCAGCCCCGCUGCUUCCUUCUGCCCGUGGGCUUGGAGCUGUGGGUGUACGUUCAGAAAAUGCGCAACCUGCAGAAGAAGAGAAUGGAGGCCUCCUGCCUGGAGCUGGCCCUGGAAGGAGAGCGCUUGUGCAAGGCAGGGGACUUCAAAGCAGGGGCAGCCUUCUUCGAAGCAGCGGUGCAGGUGGGAACGGAGGACCUGAAGACUCUCAGUGCCAUCUACAGCCAGCUGGGCAAUGCUUAUUUCUACCUAAAGGAGUACUCCAAGGCCCUGGAGUACCAUAAGCACGACCUUACGUUGGCCAGAACCAUUGGGGACCGCAUUGGAGAAGCCAAGGCAAGUGGCAACCUCGGGAACACACUGAAAAUACUCGGGCAGUUUGACGAAGCUGUUGUUUGCUGCCAGAGACAUUUGGACAUUUCCCAGGAGCAGGGAGACAAGGUGGGUGAAGCCAGAGCGCUCUAUAAUAUAGGAAACGUUUACCAUGCAAAGGGAAAGCAUUUAUCUUGGAACAUGGCCCAAGACCCAGGCUACCUGCCACAAGACGUCAAGGAGACUCUACAGAAAGCUUCAGAAUAUUACGAGAGGAACCUGUCCCUGGUGAAGGAGCUGGGGGACAGAGCUGCACAGGGCCGUGCUUACGGCAACCUUGGCAACACCCAGUACUUACUGGGCAACUUCACUGAAGCCAUCGCCUUCCACAAGGAGCGCCUCGCUAUUGCCAAGGAGUUUGGGGACAAGGCAGCCGAGCGGAGGGCGUACAGCAACCUGGGCAACGCGCACAUCUUCCUCGGGAGGUUUGACAUCUCUGCUGAGUACUACAAGAAAACACUCCAGCUCUCCAGGCAACUCAAAGACCAAGCAGUAGAAGCCCAGGCUUGCUACAGUCUUGGGAACACGUACACGCUGCUUCAAGACUAUGAAAGAGCAAUCGAGUACCAUCUAAAACACCUGGUGAUAGCACAGGAGCUGGGAGACAGGGUGGGAGAAGGAAGAGCCUGCUGGAGUCUCGGAAAUGCCUACGUCUCCUUGGGGAGCCAUGAACAAGCUCUGCACUUUGCAAGGAAGCAUCUUGAAAUCUCCCAAGAGAUCGGGGACAGGAGUGGGGAGCUGACGGCCCAGGUGAACAUGGCCCAGCUCAGGUCAGCCCUCGGCUUGGGCCCCGGGGAGGAGGACGUGGGCACAGUGCAGCAUUAUUCCGGCUACGAAGCUCAAGGAGCCAGGCCAAAGAGACUCCAAAGAAACAGCAUGGACAGCUUAGACCUCCUGAAGUUCCCUUCCGAAAAGGACCAGAAUGGGGACAGCCAUCACGUGGGAGACCUGAAGAUCUCGGGCAAAGAGUUCUUGUCUUUACCUGCAAGGUCAAAGAAAUACCGGGAGCACCAACACGCUUCAGAGAGAAGGCCCCAGGGGUCAAGUACAUCACCGCUGGAUGCCAGCGAAGUCCGAGUCCAGGUGUCACAGUCGGUUGUGGGACCGUCUGUAGGGCUUCGUGCAGGCACAGACCUGGGAGAGAGGCUGCUCAGGACAUCUCCUAGCUGGAGGCAGGAUGCCCAGGAGAACUUUCUGGAGGGCUCGAGUCUGACCAAGAAGAUCAACCGGACCCCUUCGGACGAGGAAUGCUUCUUUGACCUGCUGAGCAAGUUCCAGAGCAACCGGAUGGACGAUCAGCGCUGCCCGCUGGAGGAAUGCCCAUCGGAGGCUGCCGAGGCAGGCGCCACACCAGUCCCUGCCCUGGAAGAACGGAUCUCGCAGUCCUCCCUGAUGGCGUCCCCGCAGACGGAGGAGUUCUUUGAUCUCAUCGCCAGCUCGCAGAGCAGGCGGCUGGACGACCAGCGCGCCAACGUGGGCAACCUGCCCGGCCUGCGCAUCACCCACAACAACUUGGGGCACCUGCGCGUGGAGGGGGACGCUCAGGAGCCCGGCGACGAAUUCUUCAACAUGCUGAUGAAGUGUCAGUCCUCCAGGAUCGAUGACCAGCGCUGCGCCCCCCCCGACUCCAUCCCCCGUGGCCCCACCAUGCCAGACGAAGACUUCUUCAGCCUCAUCCAGCGCGUCCAGGCCAAGCGCAUGGAUGAGCAGAGGGUAGAUUUGGCCUCAGCCCAGGAGGAGGCAGCAGAGGAGCAGCAGAGGCCUGGUUCCAGCUAAGAACGGGGGUUCAGGUGGGGGGGUUUGGUUUCAUUUCAGUUUUUUUAGAGAACUCCGUGUAGGUGGUUUCAAAGCCGAGUGCUCCUGCGCUUCCACAGACUUCUCCCAGGAGUGCCCCGAGCUGCACGUGGCUGCUCUGCAGAGGCAGCACCACAGAAGGCCCACGGGACCAGGGAGGGGUUUUAAACAAGGGGCUUUUUUAGGACGUGCAGCCACGGUAACACUGGGCCCAGCACCAGGGAAGGAGACUUUGGCGGUCCCUUUGCUCGGCACCUGAAAACCCAGGAACUGGUGCUGGCAGCCAGAGGAGGAGCCCGGAGCAGGUAGUGAAAGCCAGCCUUGAUGUCCUUUAUUUCCAGAACACUUUUAAUUUAACGGGGGAAGGGAAGAGCACCUUUUUCAUUUUUCAAGUCCUCCUGUCUCGUUUGCAUCACGAGGUGACGGAUUGCUCUGGAUCCUUUCCUGGAAUCUCUUGCUCAACUUUGAUCUUUCUAGAGGAGGAAAUGAGCUCAGGUCAGCGGCAACACAGCUCCUUUCAACCCUGAGCCCUGGUCCCCCCACUUUGAGGUUUGUUCUGGGGUUGCUGUGAACUCUGGGGGCCCUGCGCUGUCCCUCCCCUUCGCUUCCCCAGCUGCUCCUGUGCAGAGCUGUACUGCAACCUCCUGAGCAGGACCCAAGGCUCUCCCACCCAUAGCUUCAGUGGAAUUUGGAGACCCCCUGCCUGGGACAAAGCCUGAAAGGUAACUGCCAGCUGUGCAGCCCCAAGGAAGGGAGGAAGAAGGUCUCUGCCCAUCUGCUCAGCACAGAAAACAAACAGGCAACGCAUCGCUUCUGCUGCAGCUGGGCCAGAAGCCUCGUACAGGAUUGAACUGAGUGCCCGAGGCAGAAACCUGCACUGGGCACUGAGCUGCUGCGAGAGCUACAAAGCCUUCUGGUCACGGCUUGCGAUGCUCCCUCGUGCCCAGCAGCAGUGGGGGCCAGCAGCCCUGCCCUCCGCCUUGUUCCUCCUGACAGCAGGGCUGUGCUGCUGCCUGCCCCGCAGAGCUGCUCCCACACGGAUCUGCGUUUACUUACAUUUCCUUCUGGUGAAACUGGGAAAGCGAGCCCGGAGAGGAGGCCAGCAGCCAUCUCCUUCGAGGAGGUGGAAUGGUUUUUUCUUUGCUUGACCUGAGAGGCAAUCUUGGACUUGAGCACCUCCAGCAAUGAGGUCUGCCAAAGCAGGUGUGUUCCUACGGAGCACAAAUCAGCACUUUCUGACUGAAACGCAUUUGACGGAAACAUUUCCAACCAGCAGUUGAGAUUUUUAGACCAGUGAUGCUGCUCGUCGGGCACUCAACCUGCCUGCGCUGAACAUUUGGAGGGGAAGCUGUGUUUUGCCUGCCACCAGGGAGCACUCACCUGCUGCGUGCAUCGCUGGGCUGAGGCUCAGCCUCCUGCCUGGGGCAGGUCGGAGCUCUGGAGCCAAGCCAGGAGGACCUGCCCGCCACCUACGCACCCACCUCGCCUGCAUUUGUCCAGAGGAAGACAGCGCCGAGGAUGCCAAUGACUUCUUGAGCAGCUGCAGGCCCCGGGCUGUGCAGCUCAGCCAGGUGGCGAACUGGAAUCUGACCAUGAAGCUUUCAGAGGUGUUAAUUAUUUGCCAUAUACUUGAAUGUAUUGAGCUUAUUUAUUUUUUACAUGUGCAUUUGCUAAUGUCAUUUUGAUGGGGAAUUUCCAACCCACAGGUACUUUUUUUCUAAAAAAUAAUCUGCCAAAUGAAUUAAUAUAUUAGAAAUGAAUACAGCGCGAGGGAAAGGGGGGGGUUGUGCUUAAUAAAUAUUUGUGUCUAAGCUUCAGUGACA